AGGGAUUUAGUAGGCUGCUGCAGGUACAAGAGAGGCCACAUAGGAAUGUGAAGCCUACUAAUAAUGAUAGUGAUAAUCAUUAUUAUCGACAGAUGGCAUCCCUCCUUCUCCGAAACACUUCUUUCUUCUUCUCCCCUCUCCCUCAGUCAAACCCCUACAACCUCACAACCCCUUCUCGAUUUUCGUCCUUUCUUCACUCACACUCACACUCUCAAUACAAACCCUCCAUCAAACUCAACCACCAUCAUGCUCUCCUGCCCCCUCUCCUCCAAUCAACCCUUUCCCACGACCACCAAUACCCCCUCCUCGACUCCCUCUCCGCCUCCCUCCGCUUCUCCCCACACCUCGCCUCCGCUGUCCACGCAGCCCUCCUCAAGCUCCAAGAACACCACACCCCACACCUCUUCACUGCCCUCCUCCUCGCCUACCUCAAGCUCAACCUCCUCCCCGCCGCCCACCGCCUCUUCCUCUCCCUCCCUUCUCCUCCAAACGUCGUCGUCUAUUCGGCCCUCAUCUCCGCCUUCUCCAAGUCCAACAACCACCACCAUCGCCGCCACGCCCUCCUCUUCUUCCUUCACAUGGUACAUUCCGAUGUUCUCCCUAAUGACUACGCCUUUGUCGCCGUCUUAACUGCUUGCAUUCAAACCCAAAAUCUCCAAUUCGGCCAGCAAUUACAUGCCGCGAUUGUCAAAACCGGUUACUUGGACUCUGCUUUUGUUGCAAAUGCGCUUAUGGGGUUGUACGGUAAGUGUGGCGGGCGUUACAGUUUGGUUCUCAAGCUGUUCGAUGAAAUGCUUCAAAGGGACAUUGCGUCGUGGAACACUGUUAUAUCCGUUGCCGUGAAGGAAUUCAUGUAUGAUGAUGCUCUUUCGUUGUUCCGUGAGAUGCAAGCAACGGAUGAUUUGAGAGUGGACGAUUUUACCCUCUCCACGCUUUUGGCUGCUUGUUCUAGAAGUGCUUCGGUGGUUGAAGGUUUCCAAGUUCACACGCACGCUAUUAAGGUUGGGUGGGGGAACAAUUUGAGCGUUGGCAAUGCGCUUAUUGGGUUCUACACCAAGUGUGGGACGAUUGAUGAUGUGGUGGAUUUGUUUGAGGAGAUGAAUGAGAGGGAUGUGAUAACUUGGACCGAAAUGGUAGUGGCGUACAUGGAGUUUGGGUUUGUAGAUUUGGCAAUGGAGGUGUUUGAUGAGAUGCCAGAGAGAAACAUGGUGUCUUAUAAUGCUUUAUUGUCUGGAUUUUGUAAGAAUGGGGAAGGUUUAAAGGCUUUGGAUUUGUUUUCAAAGAUGGUGGAUGAGGGAAUGGAAUUAACGGAUUUCAGUUUGACUAGUGCAGUUAAUGCUUGCAGCUUGCUUGGUGACUAUUGGGUUAGUAGGCAGGUUCAUGGGUUUGCUCUCAAAUUUGCUUUCGGAUCGAAUGCAUGUGUUGAAGCGGCUUUGCUUGAUAUGUACACGAGGUCUGGGAGGAUGGGAGAUGCCAGGAAGAUGUUCUGUAGGUGGGAGUUGGAGGAAUUCAUCUCUGUGGUUUGUACAUCCAUGACAUGCGGCUAUGCUAGAAAUGGGCAGCUGGACGAGGCGAUUUCUCUUGUCCAACAUAGUCAAUCGGAAGGGAAGAUGAUCAUGGAUGAAGUUGCGGCCACUUCGAUGCUUGGUAUUUGUGGGACUAUCGGAUGUCAUGAUAUGGGUAAGCAAAUCCACUGCCAUGCUGUUAAGUUUGGUUAUGAAUCUAAUAUCGGAGUUGGGAAUGCAGUUGUUAGUAUGUAUUUUAAGUGUGGGAAUGUGGAUGAUGCAAUUGGGAUGUUUAAUGGUAUGCCUUCAACCGACAUUGUUUCAUGGAAUACUUUGAUUUCCGGACAUCUUCUACAGAGACAGGGUGAUAAAGCAUUGGAAGUAUGGUCAGAUAUGCAGAAGAAAGGCAUAAAGCCUGACCAAGUCACAUUUGUUUUGGUCAUUUCUGCUUACAGGCUAACUAGCUUGAAUUUGGUUGAUGAUUGUCACCGUUUGUUUAAUUUGUUGCGAAACGAAUAUCAAGUUGAGCCUACUUGCGAACACUAUUCUUCCUUCAUCAGUGUUUUGGGUCAGUGGGGUCUUCUGGAAGAAGCAGAGGAAACCAUCAAGACAAUGCCUUUUGAGCCUUCAGCUUCUGUUUGGCGUGCUUUGCUUGACAGUUGCAGACUACACAAGAACACAAUCAUUGGAAACCGGGCUGCCAAGCAUAUUCUUGCCAUGGAACCUAAGGAUCCAUCAACCUACAUACUCAUUUCAAAUUUGUAUUCUGCUUCUGCAAGAUGGCACUUGUCUGAAAUGGUAAGAGAGGAUAUGAAAGAAAAGGGAUUUCGCAAACAUCCGGCACAAAGUUGGAUCAUUUGUCAGAAUAAGAUACAUUCAUUCUAUGCAAGAGAUAGAUCCCAUCCCCAAGAGAAAGACAUAUAUAGCGGAUUGGAGAUUCUAAUCUUGGAGUGCCUAAAAGCUGGGUAUGAACCUGAUACAAGUUUUGUUCUGCAUGAAGUAGAGGAAUAUCAAAAGAAAGAUUUUCUGUUCUGUCAUAGUGCAAAGCUGGCAGCUACUUAUGGAAUUCUGAUGAGCAAACCAGGGAAGCCAAUUCGGAUUGUGAAGAAUAUCCUUCUCUGUGGGGACUGCCAUACAUUCCUAAAAUAUGUAUCCGUUGUCACUAAGAGGGAUAUUUUUCUUAGAGAUUCUUCAGGAUUUCAUUGUUUCUCCAAUGGCCAGUGCUCUUGUAAAGACUAUUGGUGAAACACUACAUGAUCCAUGUAUACUGAAAAGUUUUAUAGAUUCAGCUGCAAAUAUCUAACCUGAAAAGGUUGAAGACAUUUGGAACUUGAGAGGAAUAUUUAACACUUCAUGGCAUAGGGUGAAAGUUCAAGUCGGUCACUCAAACCUAUAAAAUAAAAUUUAAAGGAAAAAAUCUUGUCACUAUGCAGCCUUUUUUUUUAUUUUUUAUUUUUUGCCUUACAUUCAUUAUAGUGACUGAUUUUAGUGUAGACAUAGCAUGACUGAAAGAUCAUUUACUGCCUCAAAAUUAAAUCCUUAUUAAAAUGGGAUGUAACAAAAGAGGCAGAUACGUAUUUAUCAUACAUUCAUGCUCUUCGAUGCUAUCAACUUAUCAAGUAUCAAUCAAAACACUGAACUUUUCAUCCAGAAGCUUCAAUUCUUCUUAUUCGCAUUAUUACUCUGCAGGUACGCCAUCUUAUAAUUAUGAGACACUUUUCUGUGGAGAUUUUUUUAUGUUCCGUUUUUGAAGUUUCUUCGACCCUGUCACCAAAUUGAAAAUUUUGUUAUGUGAAAGUUCUCUGUUGUUGAAAUUCAAUCAUUCAUCUUAUUAUUUUCUCUUAUACAAUAUGUGAAACACUUGGAUUUCAAUUUUAUAUAUAGCUUGAAGAGGCUACUGAAACUUUUUCAGUUUCAUCAUUGUAACGCGGUUUUAAUCUAUUUCCUCUCAUAUUGUAUGCAUGUUUGUUUAUUCUGUUUGGUUAAUUGUUUCUGGAACCCUAGAAUUGCACACUCUUAAUUUAUCAGUGUUCUAGCAAUACAGUGGAAUUCGUUGAACUCUUAUAGAUAUAGAAUGGAAUUGAACUUCUAGAUUAUGACUUCUCUCACUCACUUAUUGCAGCAUAUAAAUUUUUCUAUGCAGAAACUACAGUAUUUGGAUUAUUUAUUGCAGUAUUAUUCUCUCUUCUGUGAUUUGGAAGUUGUAGAAGUAGUUAGGUGAUAUGUUAAGAUAGAAUAUUACAUUUUCACAGACUUUGCUGCAUUACUUAGUUGUGGAAAGGGAAAGUUAUGGGUGUGUUUGUUGCUGAUUCUCAAAAAAUUGCUUUGACAACUUGAUUCCAGAAACUGGAAAUAAUUUUAAUUAGAAGCUACUCUGUUUAGUUUAUUAGAAGCUACUCUAUUUAGUUUUUCCAGAAAAGGUUAAUUGAUUUUUUUCUUUAAUCUAUACAAUUAUGUCAAAAAUGAUUUUUUCAGUGUGUAUAUAUUACUGAAUGUUUGUCAAAAAAAGCUAAAACAAACGCAUCCUAUAUACAUCUUUCAUAAUCCAGCUAACUUUCUUUAUUAGUCAAAUGAAGAUCCUUAUCUAGCCUGUGCAGCACCCAAGGUUUGUCAUGGUGGUGCCCUUUCUCACGAUUCCAUCUACUAUUGUUUGUUCUGCCUCAUAUUGUAAUUGUUGCACUUAAAAUUACUGUUAAGUUUCUAUAAAUUUUAGCUACGGAUACCUUGAACAUGUGUAAAACUCUUUGAUUUGUAUUGUUUCAUUGGGAAAUCUGUUGACUAGGAAUUUUAACUUACUUGAUCAUAUAUGCUUUAGCUGUUGUUAAAAGCAAUAUUUUUGGAAUAUCGUCUCCUGUGAACUCUUAUAUGGAGUGUAAGUUUCAACUGUGAGUUGAUGCUAAUUUUAAGUUCAUAUUUAUUUUAGAAUGGUUAUUUUAGGUAUCUGGGAACUGAAUCAGUCCUUUUUUCCCUUUGAUUCCAGUUAAGCUAACUCAUUUUUUCCCUUUGUUUCCAUUUUCUUAUGAACACCCAAAUAUUUAACAUGAUAUGAUUUCACUUGUUAUAGACCAUAGACCACUGUGACUCCUUUUUAAAUAUUUAUAACUCUUCCUAAUUAUUGUGUCCUGUCAUAUGGAUUUGGAUGUUUUAUUAGCAUUCAUACGCUAGGAUUUGGAUUUUAUCCUUGGGCGCUCAAACACCACAAAGUGCAAUGUGACAGAAAGAGACAGUACGCUGGGGAGUCUCUCAUCACCUCCAUAUGGCCUAAGACUACCAAUUCUCUCAAAGCCUCACUCCAGUUCCACUCCUUUCUUCUCUUUCCCCUUUCCUUCAUCCAAUCCUUUCUAAUUCCUCCUUUAGACAAUCUCAAACUGACCCCUUAUCCUCACACUUCAAAAGAGAGAGAGAAGAAAUGCCUAGGCUCACCGCACCUUCAGAUUAUUCUAAAGAGCCUCCUCGUCACCCUUGUCUAAAAAUUAACU